AUUAUCAUGUCUGGAGGAAAAUCUGGAGGAAAAUCUGCUGCUGGUGCCAAGUCCCAAACCCGUUCUGCCAAGGCCGGUCUUCAAUUCCCUGUUGGUCGUAUCCAUCGUUUGUUGCGUCGUGGCAACUAUGCUCAACGUGUGGGUGCUGGUGCUCCCGUCUACUUGGCCGCUGUCCUCGAAUACUUGGCUGCUGAAAUUCUUGAAUUGGCCGGUAACGCUGCUCGCGAUAACAAGAAGUCUCGUAUCAUUCCUCGUCACUUGCAAUUGGCCAUCCGUAACGACGAAGAAUUGAACAAGUUGUUGGGUCAUGUCACCAUUGCUCAAGGUGGUGUCCUUCCCAACAUUCACGCCACUCUCUUGCCCACCAAGACCAAGAAGGGCGGUGCUUCCCAGGAACUCUAAAUCCCCCCUGUUUCUUCCUGAUCCUCUUAAACAUGUCUCACUUCACAUCCUACAACACACAUACGCCACUUUUUUUUUACUGAUCGUGCAUGUACAAUCAAAGCUAUUGUAAAUAAUAAAACAUCAAAUCCUAAUG